CCCCACGCGGAGCUGGAGUUCCAGCGAGCAGGCGCGCAGAGUAGGUCACUCCCGGACACACUCAAGAGCGGUGGAGCGGAGCACAGCCCCUGCCGACAGCCAGAGGGGAAAACCUUCCUGAUGGUCACUGGGAGUAAUGAAGGGCUCCAGCUGCUUAGAUGGACCGGGACUAGAGAGCCUGCUGCAGGGUUCAGAAUGGCUCGGUGCUUCUCUGGAGAGCCUGUUGCAUCAAUGGGACGCAGCCGAGAUCGGGAAUUAUUAUGAAUUCUUCGCAGCUGGAUUGGGUAACCUGGAAUGGUUGCGGUUCUGUCUGAAUAGCAAACAAAAUGUAAUCCUGAAGGAUGGCAAGGGUUUCACUGCCAUCCACUUUGCAGCCCAGAAUGGUAAGCUUGCCAGCCUGCGGGUCCUGAUAGAGGAGUACCAAUUUCCCGUGGACCUGCCUACUAACAAUGGCCAGACACCCCUGCACCUUGUCAUCCAGCGAGACAACAAGACCAUGACCCUCCCCUGCAUUCUCUACUUGCUCCAGAAAGGAGCUGCCCUCAACGCUGAGACUUGCAACGGCUCCACACCCCUGCACCUGGCAGCCCGAGAGGGCCUGCUGAGCUGUGUGAAGGUCCUGGUGCAGAACGGUGCCAACAUCUAUGCCCAAGAUGCCAUGGGCCGUAAGCCCAUCGACUACUGCAUAAUAUGGAACAACCGCGACUGUGCCAGGUUCUUGAAAGAUGCCAUGUGGAAACAGGACAAGAAGGACUUUGCCCAUGAAAUGAGGAAGCUGAAGAAGCUCAAGAACCAGCUGGCCCUCAUGGAGUACAACUACCUGAUUGAGUAUCAAAAAGAGCACCAAAUUCUGAGAGAAAGAGAUUUCAAGAAAUGGCUCCACCGCAAGCUGCUGCAACAAUAUGCUGAGCAACAGCCCCGUGCCCAGGCCCAUGCCCUACCCCAGGUUGUCGCUCGCUCCAAGACACCCAAGCACCAGGGAUUGUCACCUCCCAAGAGUUUCCACCUCUCCCCAGAGGCACGCCUUCGACAGAUACUACAGUACAAGCCACAGCCCUUGGUGCAACCCAUAUCCCUCACCACUCAGCCCAUGGUCACUCGGCCCAUGGUGUGGAAUUUUAGCAACAACCCUGCCCGAUCCCCCACCACCCAGAUCAGCUACCCACAGGGCAUCCGCCUGGGCGUGCAUCCAGACCCCAGCCUGGAACGUGACCUUAGCAGCUUCCUGGAGGUGAGGUCAGAUGGGCAUGGUGGUGCGACACUGCACACAGUGGCCGGUGACCAGAUGGCACCUCUGCCCCGGCUGCCCUUCGAGGUGAUAGUCCACACUCUGUGCCCUUCGGUGCAGCCAGAGAGGAUGAAGGUGCCCCAGGGCUUCUGCUCUGUCAGCAUGAAGGAUGUGCCCCAGAAGCGACACUGGGACAACACUUUCUGGACCGACACUCUGGCCAUGAACCUGCGUGAGACAUUUGACGAAGCCUUCCUGGCAGCCCUGGAAACCCGUCAAAGGUUCCCCACUCUGCCCUCCCCCAAAACUCCUCCAUAAACUUGUUUUUGUAGCCUCUCGA